UUUCGUGGGAUGAAUUGUUGCUGGGAAAAAACACAUUCAUGUCAUCUCCUGAGAUCCAGUCUGUGUCCUGGGGCCACAUGAAGGUCAAAGGUUGUUCCUCUUCCUAUAAAGACUGUAAGGUGUGGCCAGGUGGUAGUCGGGAAUGGGACUGGAGAGAGACUGGGACAGAUCACUAUCCAGGGGUCCAGCCAGCCGACCUGGAGGAAAUCCUGAGGAAAGGAGUUCAGACACUGGUCAUAGGAAGAGGAAUGAGUGAAGCGUUACAGGUGCCUCCGUCCACAGUGGAACAUGUGAAGAAGCAGGGAGUGGAAGUAAAGGUACUUCAGACGGAGAAGGCUGUGAAAGAGUACAACAACCUUGCAGGACAGGGGGCUAAAGUGGGAGGAGUUUUCCAUUCCACUUGCUGAAGAUGUCGAGCUGAUGUCAGCGUCGAGCAGGUUUUGGCAUGAUGAAGACCUUGACAGGCUUGCUGAGGGUGAUGGUGCCCUCGAUUGAGCUUUCGGUAGUUGGCAGGCUUUCUGUGCUCUCAUCCCAGGCUGGUUUGUGCACUGCAAGUUUACUGCUGUAGGCCAGGAGCAACUGCACCUCGAUCUGAGACGGCUCUGAGAAGAAGAAGAGAAAGCAAGUUGUCAUCUUUGAGGAAAUUGUUUUGUUCAUCCGUCUUUAGUGACCGCUUUAGUGACUGAAGUCUACUGCAGUCUUUAAACCACUAACACAAUAUAUUUAUGGUUUUCAGGGCUUCAUUAUUAUGAUGUUUUUUGUUUUAACAAAUAUUUCACUACACUCUCUGUGUACUAGAGAAAUGGCUUGGCUCCCACACGUUCAAAAUGAUUCUGGCAAGAACUACCUUCUCCAGGCUAGAUGCAAUUCUAUUUAUAUCAAUGUGGCUGCUAGGGUUUCAUCUUGUAUACCUUAAUAAACUCACAUGAGCAUGGGAUUUAUCUCUUUUUGUUAAAAAAGCAUGUUAAUGAAAUCCAUAUAGACAAAAAAAACCAACAACAUGGAGUAUCCAUGCUGUAAUUUUUCACAAUUUGCUAAAAUGACCUUAACUCUGAUUGAUAAUGAGGAUAAUCAUCAGUAUUGUUUACAUGUUUACCAAAUAAACAAGCAGGGAUUUUUUUAAAACAUCACUUUUCCAAAUUAAUUCACAAAGUGCAACAACAUGAGCUUAAAAAAAAAGUCAAAGUUAUGUUGACCAGUGGGUUGCAACUCAUUAUACUCUGAAAAUGAAAAUAGUCUCACCUGUCCAGGCUGUAUGGGAUAGAUACACCUGCGUGAUGAGCCGUGUCCUUCCUGGUCCUGGUGUCCUAAAAUCUCCAGGCUUAGGGUGAAUUAUGUGCGACUGUCCAUCUGGGUAGAGAACCUACAGAAAAGACGUUUACUAAGAUAAUUACUACUUGAAAUUAUACCGUAUUAUUCCUGCUUAAUUAUGACUCAACAAUGAAUGACCCCUGACCUGCACUUUAACUUUAGCUUGUGGGUCUUGAACAUGUUCCAGAGUGGCAUCGAUGUCUAACCCCAGCACUAAGCCAGAAGUGAACCGCAGCGGGUUGUCGGACUCUCCUGUCGGCUCAAUUAUU